GCGUACGAGAACUACCAAGUGCCACGCUCCAUCCUACAGUAUGGCCUACGGAAAAGUCCGCGGUAUCUCGAAGCUGCUCGGUGAGAUUCCGGCGCGCAUCUACCCCAUCGAGUCGAAUGCCUCAGAAUCACGCGCAGCCAUCCUCACUGUUCCUGUCGAUUUCAACGCGGGAGACGAACUUGACGCCAAGCUGGUGGAGAAGCUUCACCAUGAUUUCAACGAGGCUAUCGACGAAGGACGAACCUACCCCCAAGAGGACAUUAUGGAUGUCGAAGCAUACAAGAACUACUUCAUGUCGUACGACCUCGUGUUAGGUCUUAUCCUUACAAAGGCGCAGCUUGAAAGCUUACACUCCACGUCUGGUGUACCAAAACUCGGCGUUCCCCUUAGCGAAUCACAACUUUCAAACGUCAAAGUCGGAUCCUCGAAAAUUCGCGCAUUAUCACAAUCAUCAGCAAGAGCAAGCAUUGACCUGCCAAACCAAGCUGACACAUACGCUUUCGUCUACUAUAUCAAGCCAAACUAUCCUGGACGCUCUUCACACUUAUGCAAUGGCGGGUUUAUGGUCCCUUCUGGCGCGCGUGGUCUCGGGUUAGGACGUAUUGCAGCGCGCUCCUUCUGCUUCUACGGGCCGGCUGUCGGGUACCGUGGAAGCGUCUUCAACUUGGUGUAUGCGAGCAAUGAGGCAAGUGUCAGGCUCUGGACGAAGUUGGGCUUCACUAAUGUUGGCCGGAUCCCGGAGGCCGGGCGGUUGAAGAAGGUGGGUGGAGGUGGAGAGGAAUAUGCAGACGCGUGGGUUGUGCAUGGCGACUUCAGAAAGAUAGGAUACAGGGAUAAUGAAGAACAGGGAGGAGUCGGUUUGGUCACACCUGCAGCGUCGUAGGUCCAUGAUUGGGACUUUACGUUCAAGCUUCAGAUUAAAUGCAUAGAACGAUGUACAUAGCGAUCCUCGGGAUGAGACUGAGUAGACUUGCUAGUUCACUAUAUAACAGCCAUAGCAUUGGGCGGGGAUGCUAUACCCCCAAUCUUGUUCACAGGCUGAAUCGUCAUGAAGAACGAAG